AUGUCCCAUGACAACAAGCGAGCGGCAGCAUCGCGCACCAUAGCAGCGUGUCAGAGAUGUCGGGCCAAGAAGGUUCGCUGCGACCAGGCGCUUCCGCUGUGUCUGCGAUGCCUCAAGGCAGGCCACGAAUGCAUUGGGAUCGACCCUGCUUCGGGACGCGAGGUGCCGCGUUCGUAUGUUCAACACUUGGAGAGCCGAGUGGCGGAACUAGAGGCGCAGUUGGCGCAGAAAAAAAUGAACCCGUCGCCCGCGCCAGAAGGAUCGCGCACUGCGUCUGCACCUUCAGCGCCAUUUGCGCGCGCAACGCCAUUUGCCGACACCCCGCGGUACUUUGGCCCGGCGCUGGGAGUAUCUUUUGCCCGGUUGAUGACAGCGGCGCUUCGGCUCAAUCCGCCGCCGCCGCCCCGGGUGGAGGAGGCAAGCACAGUCACUGCUGCGGUGCUUCCGCCCAAACCCACCGCGCAAGAAUUCAUCCGCAUUUACUUUGCCCAGAGUAACUCGCAGGUGCCCGUUUUAGAGCGCGAGCGCUUUUUGCAGUCGGUGUUCGCACCAAUUUAUGGGCCGUGGGACCCGCGUGUGCCUCUAGCGCCCGAUGAUGCGGGAGAGCGUGCGGGCGGCGUGCCCGAGCGAGAAACGUGGCUCUUCCAGUACACACAGUUCGUGGGCCAACGUCUAGACGAAGACGCUUUUGCAGCAGAAGCAGCACGUAUCGACGUGCCGCUGCAGUUCCGCCGCCCGCUCUUUUUUCUUUUCAUGGUGUUGGCCAUAGCAUCCUCUGCCAACCACUUGCAGUAUCCUACAACGAUUUCAGCGCAGUUUCGUGCGGCUGCCCUUCAGUUUGAAGUCCCGGCGCAAGAUCCGCUCGAACACUUGGAGGCAGUUCUUCUCAUGGCCGUCUAUGCCACCAUGCGGCCCUGCGUUCCGGGUGUGUGGUAUGUGCUAGGCACGGCUCUUCGCUUAUGCGUGGACUUGGGCUUGCACACGGGAGAAUCCUCGGGCCAAAACGUUCCUUCAGGGUUUGCGCCGCCCGAUGCCUCGAAUUUCGCCCGCCGCGCCUCGGGAACUUGUCCUGCCGACGUACUAAACAGGCGCCGGCGCCUAUUCUGGUGCACAUAUUCGCUUGACCGGCAAAUCUGCUUCUACUUGGGACGCCCCGUGGGCAUUCCAGAGGAGGCCAUUUCCACGCAGUAUCCGUCGGUGGAGGACGCUGCGGGACAAGUGGCACACGCAAUGUUUCGAAUGCGCCGCAUCCAAUCGGAGGUUCAGCGUGUGCUCUACGACAACGGCGAGAUUCCUCGUCGCUUCGAAAAUCUAGACGAAUGGCGCCGCCACAUCACCACAGAGCUUUUUUCAUGGCGCGCGCAAACGCCCUCUCAGGCGGCUGCGGCUUGUGAGUUCAAUGCAGAGUACUUUGCCCUCAACUUCCACCACACGCUUCUUCUGCUAAAUGCGCUUCUGCCCCGCAACUUCCGCCUUUCAGAAGAGGCAUACCACACAGUAUCUGCCGCCCUGCAAAAUGUCAUGACAUGCUACGCCCAGCUCCAUGCACGAAAGGCCAUCAACUACACAUGGGCCGCGGUUUACAAUUUGUUCAAUGCGGGAACGUCGUAUCUUUUCGCCAUAUAUACGUGCGAAACAGUGCGCCAGUCUAUGACCCGCGCAGCCGUGGCUCGAACGGCUCAAUCAUGUGCAGCCGUCCUUGCCCUGUUGGCGCCGUCUUGCGCGGCGGGCCAAAGUUGCUGCGACACGUUCCAGGUGCUUACAGCGGCAGUGCUUCGUCUCUGCUAUGGCGACGAAAGCAAAGCUCUGUUGCCUGAGGAUCUGCCCAGCGGAAGCGAGCACAGCAUCAGAAACAGACCGGCCUCCCCUGAAGGCAAGGUGCCAACGGGAGAGGUACCAGGAAACAAUACGAAGAGUUCUCAAAAUGCAAACAGUGAGCAAUGGAAUGAAAAGAAUAACGAUCUGGAUACACAGAAAGAAGACAGAAAAGCUGAGAUCAAAAUGGAAGAAAAAGCUGGAAUCAAAAUGGAAGAAAAAUCAGAAAUCAAUCCAACCUCUGAAACAUAUUCAAAUGAUCCGCGUCGCCAAGAAGCUCCCGAGACGCAGGAUACAAGCAAUUCAGGCCUUAAGAAAGAAGAACCUAGCCCAGGUCGUGUCAGAGGUGUCAAUGAAAGUUUUGGAGUGCCUGUUAUAUCCCAAACGCCCAUCUCUCGUCAUUCCAGUUUCUCAUCGCCAACUAUGGACGGUCUACUUUGGAAUAAUGCGCCCGAUUUGAAUUCCUUUUUCAAAGAGGUGGAAAAUGUAACCCCGUCUGCAGUGGAUAUGGGUCUGAGCUUGUCGUUGGAGCUGGAACUUCCACGAGAAGGUCGCCGUGUUUUUGAGCUCAUUCAGCUUCCCAUUGAAUCCAUCUGGGAUCAGUUUUUCACUCUGUCUAAGACGGGCUUAGAGGAGGAAAUAGCAGGAUGA